AUGAUAAGCACACAUAAGGAAGAUAGUUUGUGGAUGAAAUGGAUCCACUAUGUCUAUAUUCGAAGUGAGAACUGGUGGAGUUACAAGUCUCCUGACCAAGGCAGUUGGUAUUGGAGUAGACUUGUAACAUUGAAAGACCAGUUCAUUGAGAUUAUUGCAGGUCAAUACACUUCCAUUCAACCUUAUUGUGUUGCUAAAGGUUAUCAUUUGCUUUGGCCAAAUCUGGAGAAAGUAACUUGGAGCCAGCAAGUUUGGGGGAGAUUGAACACUCCCAAAUACAGUUUCAUUACCUGGAUUGCAAUUCAAAAUAGGCUCAAAACCAGAGAUAUGUUGCUACAGAUGGGAAUAUCAGGGGAAGAUCAGUGUGUAUUAUGCUGCCAACACAGAGAAACAAGCUGCCAUCUUUUCUUUGAGUGUUCUGUUGCUGCAGAAUGUUUGAAGGCUUUAAAGGAUUGGUUGCAAUGGCAUGCUACAACUGUCUCUUUAUCUCGAUUAAUAAGGUGGAUAGGAAGAGCUAAAAUGAGCAAAUUCAAGAAGCAAGUUCUUGCAGCCUCAACUACUUGCCUGGUGCAUGUUUUAUGGAGAGCUCGAAAUUCCAGACUUUGGGAAGACUCUCAUGAGGGCACAGAUUGCUUAAUUCAGAAAAUCAAGCACACUGUCAAACAAAGAAUCACUCAAUGUUGGCCUAGGAAAGUUAAGGAAAGGGACAAAGAAUGGUUUCAAAGUUUGUAA